AAAUAAACGAGUAAUCGAAAACUUCGUGACAUCUCUUUGUCGAUAACAAAACAUGUAUUUGCUGCAAAGUAAAUAAAAUAGCUUUGGAAGAAAUACCUGUGUGAGAAAUGAUAAAAGCCCGGUUAAUUAUUUACAGAUUUCAUUAUUGAUUUAUUAUUGUGCGAAAGAUGACUGCGUACGAUCUUAACCAAAAAACUAUUUUCGUACUAGACCAUACCCAAUAUUUUGGGAUAUCAAGUGAAGAUUACAUUCCGCUAGAAUUGCUCAAAGGCAAACCGGGUAUUACAGAAGGGACAAAUGAUGUAUCUAGUUCUGUUGGAGAGGACGUUCGAUUCAGCAAAAGCUUAUGGACUUGCUCUGUUGAAUCCUCCAUAGAAUAUUGUCGUAUAGUAUGGGACCUUUUUCCCCGGGGAAAAUUAGUUCGCUUCAUUGUUAGUGACACAGCGGCACAUAUUGUUAAUACUUGGAAUAUGACUACACAAAAUAUGUCUCACGUAUUAAAUGCCAUGGCACUUGUCGGUAUUCCACCGGAAGAUGAAUUGAUGUCCUCAGACUUUUCGGUUAUACAUGGUUUACGUGCCGCUAUAGAGGCACUAGCUGAACCAACGGAAGCUCAGCUUGCACGGUUACAAGACCGCGAAAGGGGUGCAAGUCAAAAUGUGUUGCCAAAUAAGGGACGUGUAAUAUGUAUAACUUCUGCACGCGAUAACUCUAGUAUGUCAAGCCUGGAAGAUAUAUUUCAUAAUGUAUUGAAACAACAAAAUAGUUUAGCGGCUAAACAACGAAAAUUACUGCACAUUGAUCACUGUCAUUUAGUAAUAAUAAAUGUUGUACCUCUUGGCAUUGACUCACUUGUGACUAGCCGUGCCAAGAUGGACUUUUCGCCGGCUUUGUGUAGUGAAAUUCACACUACCAGUGCACCUAAUAUUUCAAAUAAAUUAACACAUCUUAUUAUGAGCCACUACGACUUGGCAAGCACUACAGUUACUGGAAUACCUAUGAAGGAAGAACAAAAUGCUAAUUCUAGUGCAAAUUAUGAUGUGGAGAUAUUGCAUGCUCGAAAUGCCCAUACUUCUAUUUGUGGCAGUGAGGCACUAUUACCCACAAGCCGUAAAGAAGGUGCUGAAUAUGAAACCGUUACUUUAAAAUGGUGCACACCAAGAGGUUGUGGUUCCUCCGAUAUGCAACCAUGUUUAGCUCAACAUCGUGUAACUCCGGUUGAUGUCACUUCACGGCCUAGUGCAUGCCUCAUCACAUUUUUACUGAAUGGUCGUUCAGUAUUGCUUGAAAUGCCCAGAAAAACAGGUGGAAAAACAACGAGUCAUUUGCUCUCAGCACGAGGUGGUGAAAUCUUCAUCCAUGCUUUACAAAUCACGCGUUCCUGCCUCGAGGACCUACCUUCAAUAUCAGAAGGACCAGGUGGACGUGUAACCGACUAUCGAAUAUCUGAUUUUGCAUCUCUUAUAAAAGCCCAUCGCUUUGUGCCGCUUAAAGGGAAAUCGAAGCCUGAGGAAAAUCUGAAUAAAGCUCGCGAACGACUUCAACGACGUUCACGCUAUUUCCCUCUGACACUUAACUCAAGUUUGAUAUUUAAUCUACAGCGCAACCUUAACUGGGUACCGUACUUUUUACGCAAAAUUAGCAAAGAAGAUAUGGAUAAAGCUGAUGAGGCGCAAUGUCAGCAGUAUAUUUUUGAGCUUUAUACCGCUGCAUCACGUGGGGAACCACUGCCAUUCCCAAACAUGGGAGUCGGUCGGUUAAAAGGAUCAAAAAAGGGAGAUCAAUACAAGUUGAUAUGUGCCGAAUUAGAAGUGCUGAUACGUGCUUUUGCAACUACACCUCAUCACAAAGUCAUUUUAGAGAGUGUGCAAAAUGUGCGCGCUGCCUGUGGAGAUGCCACAGUCAAAACGGAAAAUGAUGGAAGUCGUGAUUCAGCUACAAAAGCUGUAAUGCGUGAUUCUCCAAUGUCGCCUCCCCACUCCAUGGACAGCAGCAGCAGCAGUAGCAUCGCUUUGCAUAAAACCCACAAACGCGCUCUCAGUGGCGGACAACGAUCCCUUUUGGACAUCGUUACGAGCACCGAACGUAGUCAGUCUGCGAAAAGAGUUGAUUUCUCUGGCCGUCUUUGUACACCAGUCGGACAAGUUGCAAAAUUAUAUCCAGAUUUUGGAAGUAAGGAAAAAGAUGCCAACUCUACAACUGCCACAACUGUAGUUAAGGACGAAAAUUUAGGAAUUAAAUUAGAGUUGGGUGCCCGAAAUUAAAUAAGUUGGAAGUAAAAGUAUAAAAUUAAGUUCUAAAAAAUGUAUACUAUACAUAUAUUAAUGAGCUAAUUUUGCAAAUUAAAUUUGAUUUUACACCUUCA